AUGGUGAGGUUUGGUGCAUCAUCUUUUGGUGCCACUCAAGGAAGAGAACCUCGAGUAGAUGGAAUCCUGGAAGCAUUGGCCAAUGUAGGGGCAUUGUUUGAGCAACAAGCCAAGCAGCAAGCGGUAAUAGGGAAUGGUGAUCGCCGUGUGCAAGGACUUAUUGAACAAUUUCUGAAACUGAAGCCAAGUAAGUUUGCUGGAGUGGGAGACCCCAACGAGGCCGAAAGGUGGAUAUGUAGUUUGGAGAAAAUAUUCAACCUGUUGACUUGUACUGAUACUGAUAAGAUACUUUUGGCUGAGUAUCAACCGGAAAGAAAUGCGGAACACUGGUGGAGAGCAUCGAAAGAAGCAGUGUUUCCUAUGGGUACGGAAAUAGCUUGGGAGAAGUUUGUGGAGGCAUUUUAUGAGAAGUAUUUUUCUGACCGUACGAAAGAUCAGAAAAUAGCAGAGUUCAUACAGCUAUGUCAGAAUAAUAUGACGGUGGAUCAGUACGAGGCUCAAUUUUCUAAACUAUCUAGGUUUGCGCCUCAUAUAGUGGAAAAUAGAGAGGACAAACUUCAGUGCAAAGACAACUGCUGCCAAUUCUAA